CAGCAGCAACAACAAAUAAGGAUGGACGCUCAUGUGACUACUGUCUAUUUAUGGUCCUAGCAGCAGCAGGAGGCUGGAGACAGAGCCCUUCCCUCCAGCCUCUGUGGAGGGAGCAACCAUGGCCUGGAGUUGCCCUGGGAGAGCCCAGUUCAGGGCACUGCUCCUCUCUUUUCUUGCCUGGGUCUGCUCAUGUUUCACCACUGCCCAGCCCCAGUGGAAGACUCGCGGUCUGGAACUGAACGAAACGGAGACCUGGACCAUGGGCCUUUGGGAGGUCUGUGUGAACGCAGAGGAAGUUGCUGCUGUGUGCAAGUCCUUUGAGUUCCCCUCAUCUCUGCCUCGGGAGCGCCAGGUAUCCCGCAUCCUCAUGGUGGCCCCCACGGCGAGAUUUUUGGGGCUUCUGCUCUCUGGCUUUGGGUCUGAAUGCUGCCAGUUUCACAGGAUCAGAUGGGUAUUUAAGAGGCAUCUUUGCAUCCUGGGAGGGACUUUGGAGGCAUCAGCUUCAGUCACUACCCUCUUUCCAGUCUCCUGGGUGGCCUCCGCCACAAUCCAAGACUUCUGGAUUGACAGCAUCCCUGAGAUUGUGCCUUGGUGGGAGUUCGGAGAUGCCUUCUACCUGGGCUGGGCUGCUGGUACUUUCCUGGCCCUCAGUGGGUUACUCCUCAUCUUCUCAGCCUGCCUGGGAAAAGAAGAUGUGCCCUCUCCCCAGAUGGCUGGUCCUACAGCCCCACCAUCCUGAGCUCCAGCAGAAGAGUCUGAUGGCUCUUUCCAUCUAAUACCAAGAUUUGGGAACUUGGUCAUCUAG